AAGAAAGUUUAUAACCUCUCCUGCCUAAUCUUUCCUUCUAUCUGCCUGUGAAUUGAAGCUUCUGUUCUAGCGAGACGCAAUGGGCUGUGCUGGAUCGUCGCAGACCAACGGGGAAGGUUCCAUAAAGAAAAUACGCAAGCCAAAAUCUUGGAAGCAUCCUCAGCCAAUUACAAGGUUUCAGCUUGUGCAACUGCGGGAGGAGUUCUGGGACACUGCACCUCACUAUGGUGGCCGAAAAGAGAUUUGGGACGCACUACGAGCAGCUGCCGAAGCCGAGCUUUCCCUUGCGCAAGCCAUCAUAGACAGUGCAGGGGUAAUCAUCCAAAAUGCAGAUUUGACAAUCUGCUACGACGAGAGAGGCACAAAAUAUGAACUACCCAACUAUGUUUUGAGUGAGCCAACCAAUUUGAUUCGUGAUAGUUCAUAAAGAGGUAACCAUAACUUCAUUUCUGCUCUAGCUGAAAUCACACAGGUCUGAAUAAUGCUUGCUUUUAAAAGGUUUCAUUUUGGUCCUUGAUACAAAAAUACAUUAUUCAUUCCUCUAACUUUUUCUGUAAGUUGCUUUACUCUAAAUGGACAAAUUGCAACAUCCCUUUUCACAUUUUUUUGUACAAAAAAAACCCUUCAUUUCAUUUGGUUUAGCAGUGUCAUAAGUUACUUGAUUACUUGUAUAAAUUAAGAUUCGAUCUAGAAUGACUGAAAGUUUGAAAGCUCUGUGAUUGAUUGUCGUAUAGAGAGAAGAAAAAAAAGAGCAAUAUUGUGGA